CAGAACGGCGUCUCCAGAGCCCGGCGCCGCUUGCAGAAGGAUGCUGCCUCCUGCCGCUUCCUGAUUGGCUGCGGGCGGCUCUGUCUUUGUUCUGAUUGGCAGCGAGUGAUCUGGAUGAUGCUAAGCAAGGGUCUGAAGCGCAAGCGGGAGGAGGAGGAGGAGGAAGCCCUGGCAGUAGAUACCUGGUGGCUAGAUCCAGGCCACCCAGCAGUGGCACAGGCUGCCCCAGCGGUGGCCUCCAGCUCCCUCUUUGACCUCUCCGUGCUGAAACUCCACCACAGCCUCCGGCAGAGUGAGCCCGAUCUGCGACACCUGGUGCUGGUGGUGAACACGCUGCGGCGUAUCCAGGAGUCCAUGACGCCCCCAACUACCCUGCCACCUGUGCCCAACCCGCCUGCUGCCCCCAGCGUGGCCGAUAACCUGCUGGCCAGCUCCGAUGUCGCCCUCUCAGCCUCGGUGGCCAGUCUUUUGGAGGAUCUGAGCCAUAUCGAGGGCCUAAAUCAGGUCCCCCAACCCCUGGCAGAUGAAGGGCCACCGGGCCGUCCUGUUGGGGGUGCCCCAGCCAGCCUGGGUGCCUUAGACCUGCUAGGCCCAGCCACCGGCUGUCUGUUGGACGACGGGCUGGAGGGACUGUUUGAGGACAUUGAUACGUCCAUGUAUGACAGUGAACUUUGGGUACCACCCUCGGAGGGCCUCAAACCCGGGCCUGAGAACGGGCCAGGAAAGGAGGAAACUCCAGAGUUGGACGAGGCUGAGCUGGACUACCUCAUGGACGUGCUGGUGGGCACACAGGCAUUGGAGCGGCCACCAGGACCAGGGCGCUGACCUCUUAGGGCUGGCAUGGUUGUGUAGCAUCUGAGCUGAGCCUGGUGGCUGAAAUCAACCCACUAUGGCCAGACAGUUGGUUUUUCCUCGCCAUUCAGAGUAAGGCUGGAGCUACUUCCUGGAGGCAGAAUCCAGUCUUUGGCAACUUCACGUCCACCCUCUUUUCUCUGGGUUGGUGAAGAUAAAUCUGCCUUUGACCCCUACUGGUGGAAUGACAGAGCCUGGUGGCUACUGUGUGGUUCUGGCCAGGCCAGGCCCCCAGGUAGGACUGAAAUCCCUGGGCUAUUCCAUCCCUGAUGUGGAGAGAGACAUCAGUGUUUUUUGUUGUUGUUGUUUGUUUUGUUUUGUUUUUUAAAUUAAAACCAGCUUUGGAAAAAUCUGAAA